AUGUUAUACGGAAAGGUUUGUGGUGGUGCGGUGAGAAAAGGCAUCGAUCCCUCCAUUGUUGGCAUCCAAAAUCAGCUCACCAGAGUGCUAACCGUCAUCAAACCACCAGACUGUGGUGUAUUGGUUGUGAUCGUCGUCGAUGGGUGUGAUGCAAUAAUGGUAGUGAUUUCUGGCUCUAACGACAUGAUGGAUCUGACUAGGCUUCUCGACGUUUUACUGGCCUCACCGGUGUCUUCUGUCAUCGUCCUCAAGGUUGAUGAUGUGUGGUUGCGGAUUGCUUGUGGUCACACACCAGAUGGCACUAAAUGA